UAGAGAGACAACUCAAGAGCAAACUGAAAACACCAUGCUGCGUUCAGUGUCGGAAUACUAUAACAUGUUAUUCAUUUACGCGCAGUGCAACGGUAACGCGGAACUCGCUGCCGAGCGAUACCGCGAAACCUACGGUGUCACCGCAAAUGCACCAAUUGCUCCGUGUUUCCAGAGGCUGGCUACACGAGUCUAUGCCACCGGCUCGCUGAUGCCAGACAGAAUAGAUACCGGCCGCUCCACCCGUUCUUCAGCAUCACAGGAAGAACUGGUUCUUGCUGAAUUUGAGCAAGACAACACCACCAGCACACGCGAGAUCAGCCGACGCUCCAAUGUUAGCCCCUCAAACGUGUACAAAUAUGUGCCGGUGCGGAAUCUGCGCCCUCAAGAUUUCAUCCGGCGGAUGAGGUAUUCUCGGUGGUUGUUGGGGAAAAUCGAACAUAAUCCGUCGUUCUGCACGUAUGUUUUGUGGACGGAUGAAGCCCUCUUUACACAUGAGGGGUGCUUCACUACCCACACUGCACACGUGUGGAGCGACGAGGAUCUGCACAUGAUUCUACCACGAGCAGCGCAACACCGCUGGUCUGUAAAUGUAUGGGCCGGAAUUUGCGGCGACUUUGUUGUUGGGCCGUACAUUCUGCCCGAUAAAUUGGACGGCCCAGCAUACAACCAAUUUUUGCAACAUGUUCUUCCGAAUCUCUUGGAAGUAAUUCCAUUGGAAAUUCGGAAGAACAUGUAUUAUCAGCAUGACGAGGCUCCCGCCCAUUACGCCGCAAAUGUUCGGGCUCAUUUAAAUGAAACCUUUCAAGACAGGUGGAUUGGCCGCGGUGGGCCUGUUGCGUGGCCCCCACAAUCACCGGAUAUGAAUCCGGUGGAUUUUUAUUUAUGGGGUCAUCUGAGGAACGAGGUAUACCGGCAACAUAUUAAAUCGCGGGAAGAGGCGGUUGCACGGAUUCAUGCUGUCGUCAAGACGAUAAGCGUUGAAACAUUGCGGAAGGUGCAGCGCAACGUGGCAAGCCGUGCUGCAACUUGCUUCAGGAAUCAAGGGGGGUUCAUUGAACUCUUAUAAAACAGAAUAAACAUUAGUUUCCUGGUUCUACAUUGGUUCAUCCACUAAAACAAUCGGCUCCUUUCGGGGCCACCAAUUUAUUAAACGUAGAGUAAACAUCAGUUUACUGGUUCUACAUUGGUUCCUCCACUAAAACAAUCGGCCCCUUUCGGGGCCACUUAUUUAUCAAACGUAGAGUAAACAAUUGUUUACUUGUUCAUUAUUAUUCAAGUAAUAAGGUUGAAGUGUGUGAAAAGUGAUAGUGAUUUUGUGUCGUCGUUUAAGUGAAAUAGUCAGGCCCCGAAAGGGGUUGCCUAUUACUCAUAUCUAAAUGCAAUAAAUGAGGCGAAUUCACUGGCCCUACCAUGAAAUCAGCUGUUCUACCGAACGUGUUUCCUCGUCAAGUGGUGGCGACUGACACAGUGACCCAGAGGCAAUUAUUUGCUUUCAGCGUAGCAGGUUAAUUUAGAAACGAAUGGGUAAGUUUCAUUUAAAUUGUUUUCAAAUUUUUCAUCA